AAUUUUCUAGGUCACACUUAGUUUUGAGUUUGUUGUUUCUUAAGUGCACGUUAAAAUUUUUGGCUAUUAUAAUAAUAAUUAACAGCCAUAAAUCAUAACGCUUACAUUGUAAUAUUGUAUUGUGGACUCACUCUUACAACGUUUGGCUGAUGUCUGUGUUUCUUUGUCACUGUAGUACCAUGUGGGUAUAGUAAAAUAUAUAAAUAUAAAUGGUAAUAUGGUAUUAACAUAGAACUGUUAUCCACUGUUCAGGGCAAUCAGCUAAUUGGGAUUGGAAGUUUAGUAUAGGUAAAUGCUAAAUUAGUUAUUACUAGUGCUCAGAUUUCGAAUUUCCAUCUUGAUUCUGUUAGUUUGUCUUCCUCUUCACUCUUCACACUUAGCUGACUGCAGUAAAACAAUUUCGUCUUAGAUGUGUUAAAUAUUUUUGGUCUUAUAAAUAUAAAUAUACUAGACGUGCAGACUUCGCAGACGGCACUAAUAUCAACAAAACAUUUGUAACUGUGAAAGUGUGGAUUAACCUAACAUUAACUUAGUAUCAAUCAAUCAUUACCUACUCAGAAAGGUUCUCUCACAAAGAGUCUUGGUUAGGAUUAAUAAUUAUUGACCUUUGCAUAAGGUGGAAGAAGUAUCAACAUUCAAUAAUUUCUAUGUCACAAGAAUAAUUUUCAUUUAAUUUUAUAUGAAUUAAAAUGAAUAUAUUAUACAUUUUGAUUCCCAACAUUAUAGAUAAAUCAAUUGGUUGUUGAAUUAUCAAUAAUCAGGUCCAUUUGACAGUAAUAUCAAAGAUUUGAAGUAAGUUAUAUAAAAGGACACAAUAUACAAAAAUAGGUAAGCAAAUACAACUACAGGGUGCGGCAUAAGUUGGUUCCCCAAUUAACACAGCAAAUUAAAUAUGUGCGGGAACCAACUUGUGCCACACCCUGUAUAUUAAAUUCAAUAAUAUUUAGUAUAAUAUAAUAUACCACCAAAUAUAAAUAAUUUAGUAAUUGCAAGUUGUGAUAUAAAAAUAUUUAAAAAGUUAUCAAUCUCAAGUGCAAUAGGUAGGUACAUAUAUUUAUUUUGAUAGCAUAGUUUUUAAAUAUUCAGAAAAAUUAAUUUUUGGUACAUGAUUCCUAUUUAGUAGUAAGACUUUUUUAUCACUAUUUUAGUAAAAAUUAUAUUUUAUUUAGUAGAAUUACAUAAAUUAUAGCCCCCUAAUUCUUGGACUUUUGAGAGUAAUAUUAGAGCCCCAAUUAUAAAAUGUGGAGGUGCCCAGAUACACCCGUGCCACCGAUGUGCAUGGCUAUGGCAUUCACACAAUAACUAUAUAUAAAAAUGUAUCUACCAUUUUGUAACCUACCAUUUACAACAAAUUUUAAAAGGUAUUAUAUCCAUAACCAAGAUGGAUGCUGUACAAAAAGAAGUUCUCACAUUCAAAAGGUGUGAACCAAAAAAAUGCAUAAAUGCCUCUCACAUGGUUGGAGUAUUUGAAAUCCUACAAUCUUUACGCAAAGAUGAAGUGUUGUGUGAUAUUAGGAUUGAAACAAACGAUGGCACAAUUAUAUUUGGGCAUAAAGUUGUUUUAGUGUCAGCUAGUCCAUAUUUUCGUGCAGUGUUCAUUAGUUUUGAAGAAACUAAUAAAGAUCUGAUACUUAUAUCAGAAUUAGAUUCUCCUGUCUUACAACUCUUAGUAAAUUAUAUUUAUACUGGCGAAAUCAUGGUGACUGAAGAAAAUGUUAAGGUUUUGUUAUCAGCUGCAAAUUUCUUACAGUUAGACUAUGUAAAAAGUGUUUGUGUAGAGUUUCUACAAUCACAACUGAAUCCUUCCAAUUGUCUUGGUAUCAAAGCAUUUGCUGAUUUACAUAACUGUACAGAAUUGUUUUCAAGUUCUGAAGCAUACAUAAAAAAACAGUUUUUAGAAAUAGUAAAAUAUGAUGAGUUUCUAUCUUUAACUUCUGUAGAAGUGAUCAAGCUAAUUUCCGCUGAUAACCUUUUUGUUCCAUUAGAAGAAAAAGCGCUUUGCAGCUUCUACCAAUGUUCUCAAUUUUACAAAGCCAGCCAUUCAAGUCUUUUGAUCUCAAAAAAUAAAGUGUUCGAAUGUGUUACCAAUUGGGUGAAACAUAAAUUGGAAUGUAGAAACAUAUUUUUGCCCGAAUUAAUGGUACAUGUACGUUUGUCAUUAGUUUCAAAACAGUUUAUAUUGGAAAAAGUAGUUGACGAACCUCUUAUUAAAAAUAGUCCUAAAUGUAAAGAUUAUGUUAGUGAAGCAUUAUAUUUUCAUCUUUACAAGUCAGUACAUCCUUUUACCAAUCUUCAGACAAUUUGGAAUAAACCUAGACAGUUUGGUGAUUUACAAAAAGCUAUUCUUGUGUUAGGUUGGUCUGGUUCCAUGAAAAAGAGUUCUUUAAACUGGUAUGACAUUGAAACCGAUAAAUGGCAGUGUGUACUAAGUAUGAGGGAGGGCUGUCGGCCUUCUCACCUUGCAUCAAUAGCAGAACAAUUUAUAUUUGCUGUAGGAAGUUAUAAAUCAAAAAGUCAUUCCGUUCAAAUGCUUGAUUUAUCUUCACAAACACCCUAUUGGGUACGAAUGCCUGACAUGCUAGUUGGUCGAACACAUUUUAGAGUUUGUGUAUUAGGUAAUUGUGUAUACGUUGUUGGUGGUUCAUCAAACAGUGCCGAGGUUUUUGAUGUCAGUAUUGAAGAAUGGCGAAUGGUUUCUAGUAUGUCUGCUACGAGGUCUAAUUUUGGUAUUGGAGUACUCAAUAAUCUUAUAUACGUGGUAGGAGGUUAUGAUGGUUCAUCAUGCCAACAUUGUAAAUCUGUCGAAUGUUAUGAUCCAAGUCUUGACACAUGGAUUCUAGUUGCAGAAAUGUCCCGAUGUCGCAGUAGUGUUGGUAUAGGAAUUUUAGAUGGUGUUAUGUAUGCUAUUGGUGGUAAUAAUGGUUCAACAUAUUUGAAAUCUGUCGAGGCCUAUACAUCAAAUACUGGAGUUUGGACUACUAUUGCUGAUAUGAAUUUGGAGAGAUACAAUCCUGUAGUAGUCGCAUUGGAUGGCUUAUUGUAUGUUAUGGGUGGACUAGAUAAAGUUAAAAACAUUUUGGAUUCUGUGGAAAUGUAUAACCCCAGCAUUGAUACAUGGAAAUUAAUGGAAAAUACAAUAAAUUUUACUGAUGAAAUGGAUGCAGCAAUAGUUGUUGAUAGGCCACCACAUUUUGUAAGCGAUUAGUAUAAAAUAUAAUAUCAUGGUUAGUAAUUAUAAUACAUACAAAUUGUAU